AACUCAUGAUAACCCCAAACCUAAAUCAAUACCCAACAAUAUGUAUACCAAAACACCUUAAAACGUUCUUAAUCUUCAUAAAAAUGAACCAAUUAAUGCAAAAGUUAAGUGUAACGUGCAUCAGCAUCAUCACAACCAUCCUCCUCCUGGACUAUAACUACACCCUACUCAACUUCAACACAAUCUUCACUCUCCUCUACGUAAUAAUCAUCUUCUUCACAUCAAUAUGGACCACAUUCAUGUGUCUCCAAAACAUCCUCAGCACCAACACUCCAUUCAAAACCAAAUCAAAUCAACUCCUUUCUCUCCUCCACUCUCCAUUGAAUAAUAUAUCAAUAAACCUUUUAAAAAACAAGUCAAAAGAACCAAUUGAUGACAGAAUCAAAGACUUCAUCCAGGAUAUCGAACAAAAUUUCAUCAAGAAAUGGUAUUCAAGUUACAUAAGCACAAAUGAAGAAUUCCUCAUAGAAAGCAGUAAAUUAUUGGAUAUAAUAAUCAGGAGGUUCCUUCAAAUUGCUGGACAGAUUAAUUCUGAGAAGGUUUUACAUGGAACUGUUACAAUUCUACUGAGGCAUGUUAAGGAAUAUAAAAAAGCAGUGAAGAAAGCUAAGAACGAUGGAAGUGUUGAAUCACACUACAGAUAUGGACAUUUGGGAUCAAAGAGUGAGAAAUGUUUUGAACAUUUUGCUCUUCAGAUCACUUCUAAGACUUUGAGGCAUUUUAUUCAUUGGGAGUUGUAUAAUUCAGUAGCAUGCAGAUGUCUGAAUGCUAUCCUGGCUAAAAAGUUGAUCAGUCAUAUGGUGCAUACGUUAUCUUCACCUGGGUUUAUUAAUUUCAACAUUUUGAUUGUUUUUGAUGAUGAAAAGAAGAAAGUGCAAUAUGUGGAUAAAUACCAAGCUGUUUCUAUAAGUAAUGUUGAUCAUAAAGAGGUAAAGAACCAACCCAUUGAAGAUAUUGAAGAUAUUGAACCUCCCAAAGAAGAAGAAACUACCAAAGUGAUUCCCAAAGAAGAAAUAAGUGAAGAAACUGUAAAAGUAGAGAAACCCGAGGUAAAAGAUGAAGUAAAAGUCUACGAAUCCAAAUCUUCAAAUAAAACAUGGCGUCAUUCGAGUGAUUUAGACUGUAUAUCCCUCGGACAAGAUAUCCUGUUUCUUUCUAAUAUAGAAGAAGACACAAAACCAGAUUGGACCCAACUAGCUGAAGAUUUCUCAUCAUCAAAGAAGAAAGUAACUGUGAAGGAUACAAUGAAAGACCUGCAACAAUCCACGACUAAUGCCAUGCAUAAAAUAGAAGAAGGUAUUCUUGACCUGGGGAUAGGUAUCCGAAAGGGUCUCAGAUUAACAGGUCUACAGGAUAGUACAAUUGAAGCACGCCCGAAGUCACAAUCCAAAGACAUUCCUCAGAGUACCAAUAGAAGAGACACCAGACUAACUAAACUGAGUCAUGUGAAUUCAGACAUUGAAGAAUCCUUCGAAGAUAUCUACAUGAAUCCAUUACAUGAGAUCAAAAUCAGGGAGGUUAAAGAAGAAGAAGUUGUCAUCACUCCAGGUUAUGAAGGGGAUAUUCUAUUGGAAAGGUCUCCGAUGAUUGAGAAACUUCCUUCGAAUGAUAUCCCUACAAUGGAGUUUGUACAUGUGGAAGACUCCCCGGAACCAGAGUAUGAAGAUAAUCCUGAUUUGGCUACUACCACAGCCAAGUUGAGGUCGUUGUUAGCUCAGAAGACUGAAGCUAAUACACCGGCUGCUUCACCAAUGUCCUUGAUUCCUACUCCGCAGGAUGCUUCAGGGAGUUCUGUGGAUGAACUAAGUGAAGUUGACGGUGCCCUGCCAUCAAUGUACAAAGCCUGGGCGAAGAAUGUCUUUCAGAAUACUCUGAACACCAUCAAAACAGCUCUCCCUGGUAACGCCAGUGAAGAAACCUGUGUGAGUCAAGUGGUAACUCUGGCAGGUUUGAAUCUGGUGCAGUAUAAUGAUGAGAACUGGCACUUUGAAGAAACAUCCCCGGAUGAAUCUGAGUUUUCUUCAGUUUUAGGCAGAUUCCUCUCGGAAAGACAACAAUUCUGUGUGGUGGAGAAUGCUUUUGAAGCAGUUGAGACUAUUGAUCUGAAUGAUCAAAUGGAAGGUAGUUUUAUACUCCAUGAAGAAGGGAAGUAUGAAGAAGAAUUGGAUGAUUUUGAUACGACUAUACCGAUUACCAAAGCACUGGUUGAUUUAGUUUGUGAAUUGAUUGAAGAAACUUAUCCGCCAUUAGUUAAAGAGAAUAUUAUCAAGACAUUCCUGUUGACCUACGGGGCUGUUGUUGAAGAGAAACUUCAGGAAUUGUCUCAGCAAUUGAUUAAGAGUAUUGCAUACAGUAUUGGACACCUGCCAAAAAUGGAAAGCAGACAUGUUGCUAUGUCAAUGAAGAUUGAAGAUCUAGUUGAACCGAUUGCUGCUUCACUGAGGGAUAUUUUCGGACAGUGGUUGGCUGAUGACUCAAUACGAAGUGUUUUGAGAUUAUUGAUGGAAUCAAUACAAAGUCACAAGAUUAAUGUUGAUACAAGUCUACAGGUGUUGGAAUUAUUUAUAUCCGAAGUGAUUUCUGCUUGUAAUCAGACAUCACCGACAUAUUCAGUGUAAAAAGAAUUUUACUUGAUUUUUAGCUUAAUUAAUGUGAUAUUUUUGACUAGUUAAUGUUCUAAGUCUUAUAAAUAUGUUUAUAUGUUUAAUAAACAUUUAAUUUAUGUUAAAUAA